AUGAUCCCACCUCGUCUAGCGGCUUGGAAUGUGAGAGGUUUCAACAGCCCGGAAAAGGUCAGGGCGUGCAAAGACUUAGUUCGUGACCGCAAACUUGAGUUACUUUGUGUCCUGGAAAAUAGAAUUCAUGCAAGCUCUUUUUCCGACCCCUGGUUUCGUCUUAACCACUGUGUUUUUGAGAAUGAGGAAAGCUGCCAUAAUUUUAACCUAUCUUCCUCGGGUAGGAUUUGGAUUAAAUGGAAUCCGCUCCUCCUCAGUUUCAGACCUUCCCAUUACACUACUCAGCUGAUUUCUGGUGAUCUUUACAGGGGGCAAGAACAUCUUUGUGUCCUCACUGUUGUCUAUGCUUCCAAUUCUUUGGGUGAUCGCUUACUUCUUUGGGAAAAACUUAGAGAAAUUGGGAAUCUUAUCUGCUCCCCUUGGCUCAUUCUUGGUGAUUUUAAUUGUUGCUUAUAUGCUGACGAGAAAUCUGGUGGCACUCCUCUCCUGGCCACCCAACUCUGGGAUUUUAAUGCUCUUAAGUUUGACUUGGGGUUGUUGGAUUUAUCCUCCAAGGGCCUUAAAUUUACUUGGUUUAAUGAAAGGGCUAAUGACCCCAUUCACUUGAAGCUGGAUAGAAUGAUGAUAAAUGAUAAGUGGCUUGAAGCUUUCCCUUCCACUUACUAUGAGGCCCUUUCUCCCGCUUGCUCGGAUCAUUCCCCGAUUAUCCUUUUUUCAGAUCAGCAAGCUAUGUUGAAACACAGAUUCGUUUUCAAAAACUACUGGACUAAACAAAAUGGCUUUUGGGUCGACCUCCUAAAUAUUUUUUCUCUACCGACACACGGGAACCCCAUCUUUGAUCUGUAUAGAAAAUUGAAAAUGCUUAAAGUGAGCAUUAAGGAUAAAGACUGGGCAAAUUCUAGCUUUCUCUCCAAUCAACUUGUUAUUCUUAAAGAGCAGCAAUCUCAGUGCCUUGGUAUGUUAAAUAUUGAUCCUCAAAAUCUUGAUCUCAACUAUCAACUGAAAUCAAUCAAAUCUCAACUUUCGGUUUGUUCUGAGUCUUGGACAAAUUGGCUUCUUCAAAGAGCAAAACUUAAAUGGCUUACUAAAGGAGAGGAUGAUUUAAAGUUCCUUUAUGCUAGGCUCAAGAAGAGAAGGAAUCAUAGCUCCGCAACUCCGGUUGCUAGUGAAGACCCUACCAUUAGGCAAGAUCUGAUAAAUUCUAUUACUCAACACUUUGAGAAAUUGUUCAAUGCUCCCCCUCCAGCAAAUACUUUGGAAUCUUUAUUUAUUCCCAAAGGUAAUGUUAUUCCAUCUCAUUUAUCUCAUUUGCUGACGGUUAAUGUUUCUGAUGAUGAGAUUAAGGAGGCUAUUUUUCUUGGGAGCUCCAACUCUUCUCCUGGCCUGGAUGGAUUUAACUUUGAGUUUUAUAAAUCCACUUGGCUUAUUACGGGUCUUUUUGAUCGCUCCUUAUAUGAACCAUUCUUCAUGUCUAUAUUUGAUACUAACAAACAGUUCAGGCACUUACCUCCAAAUACUUGA